AUGAUGCUUCUUCCCUGCUUACUUCUCAUCCUUUCAGCCUGUGUUUCUGCAACACAGUACAGAAUCCCAAGGCUUAGUCCAACCGACAGAGAUUCUGAAGCUCUGUCCUCGCCUCUUUCGGAUGAUUUCAAGACAUUUUAUUACAACCAAACGUUAGAUCACUUCAAUUAUAGGCCUGAAAGCUACACGACGUUCGCUCAUAGAUAUAUAAUCAACUUUAAGUAUUGGGGCGGCGCAAAUUCCAGCGCUCCCAUUCUUGCCUACUUGGGAGCUGAAGGUCCACUGGAUAAUGAUUUGAACGUUGUAGGAUUCUCGACUGAUAAUGCUGCUCAGUUUGGGGCUCUUCUUGUUUAUAUUGAGCAUCGUUAUUAUGGGAAAUCGAUACCCUUUGGAUCAAGGGAGGUAGCAUUGAAGAAUGCAAGCACUUUAGGCUAUUUCAACUCUGCUCAAGCAAUAGCAGAUUAUGCGGAUGUUCUUAUACAUGUUAAAAAGGAGUUGCAUGCUAAAGAUUCUCCUGUGAUUGUUCUUGGUGGAUCAUAUGGUGGAA